AUGGCAGAAGAUACGAGUCUCCAAGAUCUUUUAAAGGGGAUCCAAAUUGAAGAGGAAACUCGAAAUCGAGAGAAAGCUUUUUCCUCUGAAAACUUCCCCAAGGUUAAUUAUGCUGAAGGGAGUAGUACUACGUUCAAAAAGAACUUAAAAGUGAAUAACACAGGGAAGUUUAAAAAGACUAAACCCAACACCAAGAGUGACAAGAAAGAUGGAAAUUGCCACCAUUGUGGCAAGAAAGGCCACCUUAUCCGUGAUUGCAGGUUCAAGAAAAAUGAGGAUGCAAAAUUAAACAAUGCAAAUUUGGUAGAGGAAAAUUCUACUGAAGUAAUAAUUGCUAUGGUCUCUAAGAUGCAAAUUGGCAUGAUCACUGAAUUGAGCAUGGCUGCAGCAACUAAAAGUUCAGAUUGGUGGCUUGAAUCUGGAGCUACCAUCCAGGUUUGCAAUGAUAAAACACAAUUCAAGACCCACACAACAGAAUAG